GCAAAAGGGCCGCCGAUGCCUCCGAUGCCUCCUCGGGCGGUGCUGCUGGUGGGGCUGGGCCGGGCCUCGCUGGGGGCGGCGCUGGGGGCGCAGGCGGCGGGGGCGGCUCUGCUGCGGGCGGGGGGCGGCUGCCCGGAGCGGCUGGUGCUGUGGGAGCCGCGGGCUCCGGUCUACACGGCGGGGCUUCGCGGGGCGUCUGCCGAGGGGGAGCCGGGGCUGGCCGGGCGGCUGCGGGCGCUGGGCGCGGAGGUGGCGCGCGUGGAGCGGGGCGGCCGGCUGACCUUCCACGGGCCGGGCCAGCUGGUGGCCUUCCCGGUGCUGGACCUGCGCCGCCGCCGCCUCGCCCUCCGCGCCUACGUGGCCGCCCUGGAGCGCCUGGCCCGGGACGCCUGCCGCCGCCUCGGCCUGCCCCGCGCCCGCGCCCUCCCGCCGCCCCGCACCGGCGUCUGGCUCGGGGACAAGAAGCUCUGCGCCAUCGGUGUGCAUUGUGCGAGACACAUCACCACGCACGGAUUGGCCCUGAAUUGUUGCACCGACUUGACGUGGUUCGACCACAUCGUCCCGUGUGGCCUGGAGGGGCUGGGGGUGACCUCCCUAAGCCAGGAGCUCCACAGACACGUCUCGGUGGAAGAGGCCACGCAGCCCUUCCUGGAAGUUUUCCAAGAAGUCUUUAACUGUAGUUUAAGCGAGGAACCUGGUUUGGAGGAAUGAUGGACCUGACAUGCCGGUCGCGUUGCAAGAUCCUAGAUUGUCUCUUCUGAAAAUAUUAUUACUUUAUAAUAAUAUAAUAUCAUUAUUAUAUUAAAUUACGGAGUUUUUCCA